AUGGCAUCGCUCCACCCAUCUCAACCAGAUGAAGCCGAAAUCUUGACUGCUUAUCUUUUACAUCCCAGCCCUAUCCCUACAAUUCUCCCCUACUCACGGUUUCAGUCUCUGGUACCGAAAUCAUCUUCACUUUGUUUGACAGAGCUCAAGCGAUUCUAUAGAGAUCUGCAGUUCCAGCGAGAUAUCACGAUCGAUGAUGUCCGACGACGAAUAGAGAUUGAAUGUCGACGAAGCACAACUCUUCAGGCUCGGCUAGCUAGGAAUCUGCAGCGGGAGACUGGGACGAAAAGAAAACGCGAGGAUGAUGGCGAGAACGACGGCGGUGGCACGUACGCAUAUCAAACACGGAAGACUUGUGAAGACUCCGACUCCGACGCCGAUCCGGAGUACUCAAUCAAACUGGAUAAUGCCCUACAUGGCCCCUUGGGCAACACCAUUCAACCACAAAUCAAGAAGCACAACCACACCACCACCUCUUUACUCUCAUCACUUGCCACCGCAGCUGAGGAUCUCACAUCAGAAAUAGCCUUCCUCGAGGGAAGGUUGGCAGAGCUUCAGAAAGAAUGCGAGGAACGAGUGGGUGGAUUGAGUGACUUGAGAUAUGGCAAAUUCAACAAUAGUGCAGCGACGGGCGAGAGUAUUGAAAAGGAAGUGGUUGGCAAUUUGGAAGCGUUGAAGGAUGCCCUUGAAAAGGCUGGUAGCGGCUGA